UAUUUUUCAGACCCCCUCAUGUUCACAAUUAUGCAUGAUUCUGUCAUGGUUCCUUCCUCUCACGUCGUCAUACAUCGAUCGACAAUCAAGUUUCAUCUUCUCUCUGACAUCAAGGAUCUCUUCAAUCGUGCACCGUUAGCGAUAGAUGAUGUUGUCUCCAGUAUGUUGAUUGUUAUCACUGUGCGGUUGUCGUGUUUGACACGUCACCAGCGCCAAUACGAGAUAUGGCUUCGUUUAACGCACCUUCCUCCCUGUAACUCAAGGGACCGAUCGGUCAGCCAAGUUCCUCCAGAUGUAAGUACCCUCGGCCACUUGUGCGUAUUCAUAAUUGACAUUUAA